CAGCUCACCAAAUCAAAACUGUAAACAAGAAAUGACAAGCUAUAUUUGUAGCAAUGGAAAUCACACCAAAACAAUCACUCCAUGCUUAUAACAGCUACAACAAACAAUAUUUUCUAUCAUCUCAACCUCAUGAAUACUACAUUCACCUCCAUUAACAUGACUUGUUCUUCCUCCUCACUUGAACAUCUCGGUUUGUUUCUCUUGCCACAUAUACAAAUCAUGGAAAUAUUCAUCGCACUUGUUGUUUUUAUCGCUAUACAUUCUUUAGGGCAAGCGAAAAAACAAGGACUACCGAACUGGCCAUUUGUAGGGAUGUUGCCUUCGUUGAUUUUAGGCCUACGUAAAGACAUGUAUGAGUGGAUUUCUGAUGUUCUCUGCCACAUGAAUGGGACAUUUACAUUCCGAGGUCCAUGGUUUACUAACCUCAAUUGUGUGGUGACAUCUGAUCCCCGGAAUCUUGAGUAUCUUCUUAAGACAAACUUCUCAAAUUUCCCAAAAGGAGACUACUUUCGGAACACUGUCCGAGACCUUCUUGGAGAUGGAAUAUUCAAUGCAGAUUAUGAUAUUUGGCAGAAACAGAGGAAACCAGCCAGCAUUGAAUUCCAUUCUGCUAAGUUUCGGAACAUGACGACAGAUUCAUUGUUGGAGCUUGUUCAUUCUAGGCUCUUACCUGUUUUAGAAGAUUCAAUCAAACAAUCAAUCCCUAUCGAUCUUCAAGAUGUUCUCCUUAGGCUCACAUUCGAUAACGUCUGCAUGAUUGCCUUUGGGGUUGAUCCAGGGUGUCUCCACCCUCACUUACCUCAAAUUCCAUUUGCUAAAGCUUUUGAAUUAGCAACAGAGGCAACCGUUCUACGGUUUGUCACUCCUACACUUGUAUGGAAAACCAUGAGGUGCCUCGGGUUAGGAACAGAGAAGACACUUAAACAUUCGCUGAAAAAAGUUGAAGAAUUUGCCGAUGAAGUAAUUAGAACAAGAAAGAAAGAGCUUUGUUUAGCAGAUAGCAAACAGAGAUCAGAUCUUUUAACAGUGUUUAUGGGGUUAAGAGACGAACAAGGAAAGCCGUUUUCAGAUAAGUUUUUAAGAGAUAUAUGUGUGAAUUUCAUUCUAGCUGGAAGAGACACAUCUUCAGUUGCAUUAAGCUGGUUUUUCUGGCUGUUGGAUCGUAAUCCGGAGGUUGAACAGAGGAUUUUAGCUGAGAUUUGUAAGAUUUUGAAUGAAAGAGGAGAUGCUAUUGAUGAAACUCCGUUGAUUUUCAAGCCAGCAGAGAUCAAGAAAAUGGAAUAUCUACAAGCUGCUCUUUCUGAGGCUCUUAGAUUAUACCCUUCUGUCCCAGUUGAUCACAAAGAGGUUGUUGAAGACGAUGUAUUCCCAGACGGGACAGUAUUGAAGAAGGGAACAAAGGUGGUUUAUGCAAUCUACACAAUGGGAAGAAUGGAAGGUAUAUGGGGUAAAGAUUGCAGAGAAUACAAACCUGAAAGGUGGUUGAGAGAUGGACGGUACAUGAGUGAACCAGCAUACCGUUUCACUGCCUUCAACGGAGGACCUCGCCUUUGCUUAGGCAAAGAUUUUGCUUAUUAUCAAAUGAAAUUCACAGCUGCAUCCAUCCUUUAUCGUUACCAUGUUAAAGUAGUGAAAGGACAUCCAGUUAUGCCUAAACUGGCUCUUACUAUGUACCUCAAGUAUGGACUACAAGUCAAACUCUCCAGGCGCGAUCAAUCUCAACUUCCUCUGAACAACAACAAUUACUUUCUCUGAUGUUUGUACGUACGACCUUUCUCUAUAUUUUUUUUUGUAAUUUUUUAAAGAACAAAUUUCAGUGAUAUAAACAUACACCCUUGUAUUGAGAAGAAAGAAAAAAACAAGAUUGAAAUAGGUACAUAAGGUGAGUGAUUCGAAUAAUAGAAUAUGUGUUGAUUGCUAUGAUACUUUAAUUUUGAUAU